AUGUUUCAUAAAACAAAGAGUAUCUUCCACAAAACACUUCACAGUCUCAAGUCAAUCAUUCUCCGUGCAGGUAAGAAACUCACUAAACCAAAAACUCACUUCUCAUGCACAUUUUUCAGAUCAAAUUCUCUCGAUGGUGAUAAUAUCUACGCAAGUUUCCUCAACAUCUGGGAGUCUGAUAUCGAAAACAGCAUCGGAGUUCCAUUAAAGUUGGAGCAGAAGAAUAAAGAGCAAGAACAAGAUCAAGAGAAGAGAAUAGAAGCUUGCUCUUCGCGUUCAUCAAAAGACUGCGAUACAAUGGAGAGGAAGAUUAAGGAGAUGUAUACGAUUGAGGCAGGAGAUAUAGAGCAAGCCCUUGACGUUGAAGAGGCACUUCAUUACUAUUCUCGUCUUAGAAGUCCUGUGUAUCUCAACAUCGUUGACAAGUUUUUCAGUGAUCUCUACGCCUGA